UAAGUAAUUAACUUAAGAGAUUGUUCAUUAAGCAGAAUAGAGAUAUCCUGUAAGAAGUAGUUCAAAGUUCUGUUCAAUGUAUCAAUGCUCUCAUCAAUUUCAAGUCUCCCAACAUUAUUUCAUUUUACAAGUUUUCUGUUGACAUUGAGAUAAAAAAUAUUUCACUGAAAAUGAUCAACAUACUUAUCAACUUUUGAAGAUUAAAAAGAACUUCAAUCAGAUGUCAAAUUGUUUCUAUAGCUUUUGGCUGAAUGAAUUUGGAAUAUUUCCUUGGAAUUGAAAUGGUUUACUAAUAAUAUACCUUUAUUGGCUGGAAAUGUAUACUUAGAGAUUUAGAUUAAACUGGGAUUUUUUAUCCUGAUGUAUUUUAUGUGUAAGAAUAUAAAUAUCUGAAGACAGUUUGUUAAUCGAAGCAAUCACUUAAGGUUUUUCUUAACUAAACCUAUUCUCAUUAUCAUAUAAUAUAUGUAUGUGUGUAUUGAUUGAUAGAUUCAAAGAGAAAGUUAUGAAUGAGAAAAAACAGUCUGAAAAUAUUGAUUUAUCAAUUCAACCACAGAAAAAUAUGAAAAAGAAAUCACAACCUUGUGAUAUUUAUGGCAAGAUAUUCUCAACUAGAAAGAAUUUAAUUCAACAUAAAUUAUGUCACUCAGUCACCAAACUUUUUCACUGUGAAGAUUGUGGUAAAAGAUUUACCACAAGGAGUUCUUUAUUGCUCCACAAGCAUAUUCACACAAGAGAGAAACCAUAUCAUUGUGAUAUCUGUGGUAAAGCAUUUUCUCAAAGUGGUGGUUUAUCUUCCCACAAACGAAUGCACACAGGAGAGAAACCAUAUCAUUGUAAUAUCUGUGAUAAAACAUUUUCUCAAAGUUAUAGUUUAUUUUCCCAUAAACGUAUCCAUACAGGAGUAAAAUCAUACCACUGUUAUGUUUGUGGUAAAAAAUUUUCACACAGUGGUAGUUUGUCUUCUCACAACUACAUCCACACAGGAGAGAAACCAUACCACUGUGAUAUCUGUGGGAAAAGAUUUUCACAAAGUGGUACCUUGUCUUACCACAAACGUACCCACACAGGAGAAAAACCAUACCUCUGUGAUAUUUGUGGUCAAGGAUUCUCUAAAAAUGUAACUUUAUCUAUUCACAAACGCACUCAUACAGGAGAGAAACCAUACCAUUGUGAUGUCUGUGGUAAAUCAUUUUCUGACAGAGGCAGUUUAAUUUACCAUAAACCUAUUCACACAGGAAAGAAACCAUACCACUGUGAUAUCUGUGGUAAAACAUUCUCUCAAAGUAGUUGUUUGUCUGCCCACAAACGUAUCCAUACAGGAGAGAAACCAUAUCACUGUGAUAUAUGUGGUAAAUCUUUCACUAGAAAUUUCAGCUUAUCUGUCCACAAACGUAUUCACACUGGAGAGAAGCCAUACCAAUGUGAUGUUUGUGGUGUAGCGUUCUGUCACAGGGGUAGUUUGUUUUACCAUAAACAAACUAUUCACACUGGAGAAAGACCACACCACUGUAACAUUUGUGGUAAAACAUUUUCUGUUAGUGCUUGUUUGUCUUCCCACAUACGUAGCCACACAGGAGAGAAACCAUAUCACUGUGAUAUUUGUGGUAAAACAUUUUCUCAAAGUUGUAGUUUGUCCUCCCACAAACGUAUCCAUACAGGAGAGAAACCAUACCACUGUGAUAUCUGUGGUAAAAUGUUCACUAAAAAUGGUAAUUUAUCUCUCCAUAAACGUAUUCAUACUGGAGAGAAACCAUACCACUGUGAUAUCUGUGGUAAAAUGUUCACUAAAAAUGGUAAUUUAUCUCUCCAUAAACGUAUUCAUACUGGAGAGAAACCAUACCACUGUGAUAUCUGUGGUAAAAGAUUUUCAUACAGUGAUAAUUUAUCUGUUCAUAAACAUAUUCAUACAGCAGAGAAACCCUACCAUUGUGAUAUAUGUAGUAAAACAUUCACUCAAAAGGCUCAUUUAUCUGCCCACAAACGCAGCCAUACAGGAGAAAAACCAUAUCACUGUGAUGUCUGUGGUAAAUCAUACUCUAGGAAUUAUAAUUUAACUAUCCACAAACAUAUCCAUGCUGGUGAGAAACUAGAUGAGUGUGAUCAGAAUGAACCAUAAAAUGCUAAUGUAUGAUGGUCAUUAAGUAAAACAGCAAUGUGAACUAGUGACUUAUCUUUUAUAACUUUCUAGUGACUGAAAUAAUAAAAAACACUUAUUUAAAUUAUAAGAUAUCUAUUUUUCCAUGCUGAUAUAGGUUUACACUACAAUGUAUCAUCAUACUUGACUGACUGUCCUGACUAAUUCGUUUUGCCAAGAGUUCCUUCUACCAUCAGCUCAACCCUCUUUUCUAUCCAGCAGAUGUUAUCCUGGUAUGACAUACAAUGUUUAAAUCAGUGUUGUCGUCUUUCUUGCAUUCAUUGCCAAACACCUUUAAUACUCAGUCACUUUUCCAGAUCAUCUGUUCUCUGCCUUUCGUGAAAGAUAACAUACACAUUCAACAGAUUGUACUCAGCUGAUUUUUUUAAUGUGCCUCAGUUCUACAUUCAGAACCUGUGUCUCACUGCCAUACAUUACAAUUCUUACACAUUCAUCAUACUGUCUGUACUUUGUACAAAGAGGGAAAUCCUUUAUUAUCAAAACAUGUAAUAGCUCCUUGAACUUCUUCCAUCCCUUUCUUAUUCCUACUACAUAUACAUUCAUUUCACUCUACUUCAUUCCUUAUGCCUACAUUUCAGUAUUCCUAGGUUG